GGCUGUGAAGCAUGUUACAGAACUGUACAAUAAGUGGAUGAAGGGGAAAGGAGAAAGUGCCAUUAAUAGCUAGGAGAGCAACAUGGGAAAUACAACCACCAAAUUCCGUAAAGCUCUUAUAAAUGGAGAUGAAAACUUGGCCUGCCAAAUCUAUGAGAGCAACCCUCAACUAAAAGAAACUCUUGACCCAAAUACUUCUUAUGGAGAAACGUACCAGCACAAUACUCCACUCCAUUAUGCUGCUAGGCAUGGAAUGAACCGUAUACUGGGAACUUUCCUUUUUGUUCGAGAUGGUAACCCAAAUAAACGGAAUGUGCACAAUGAGACAUCUAUGCACUUACUGUGUAUGGGACCUCAGAUCAUGAUCUCGGAAGGGGCUCUUCAUCCUCGCCUGACACGACCCUCAGAAGAUGACUGCAGAAGAGCAGAUUGUCUGCAAAUGAUCCUGAAGUGGAAGGGGGCAAAGCUGGAUGAAGGACAAUAUGAACGAGCAGCCAUUGAUGCUGUUGACAACAAAAAAAAUACACCUUUGCACUAUGCUGCUGCCUCAGGGAUGAAAACCUGUGUUGAGCUUCUAGUAAAACAUGGUGGAGAUUUGUUUGCAGAAAAUGAAAAUAAAGAUACCCCAUGUGACUGUGCAGAGAAGCAACACCACAAAGAGCUGGCUCUUAACCUGGAAUCUCGAAUGGUAUUUUCACGUGAUCCUGAAGCUGAAAGCAUUGAAGCUGAAUAUGCUGCUUUAGACAAAAAAGAGCCAUAUGAGGGGCUAAGGCUUCAGGAUCUGCGACGGCUUAAGGACAUGCUGAUUGUGGAAUCUGCUGACAUGCUCCAAGCCCCACUCUUCACUGCAGAAGCUCUUCUUCGGGCACAUGACUGGGACAGGGAGAAGUUACUUGAGGCAUGGAUGUCUAAUCCAGAGAACUGCUGCCAGCGUUCGGGGGUUCAGAUGCCAACUCCCCCUCCAAGCGGCUACAACGCGUGGGACACGCUCCCUUCUCCUCGAACUCCACGCACCACGCGCUCUUCUCUAACCUCCCCUGAUGAAAUCAGCCCCUCACCAGGAGACAUUGAGACAGCUGUGUGUGACAUUUGUAUGUGUAAUAUUUCUGUGUUUGAAGACCCAGUGGAUAUGCCUUGUGGACAUGACUUCUGCAGAGCAUGCUGGGAGGCAUUUUUGAAUCUGAAAAUUCAGGAGGGUGAAGCUCACAACAUUUUUUGCCCAGCAUAUGAUUGUUUCCAGCUUGUGCCUGUAGACAUCAUAGAAAGUGUGGUUUCCAAGGAGAUGGACAAAAGAUACCUUCAGUUUGACAUUAAGUGUAGUAAUGAAGUAGUUUUUGAGAUAAUGUGUUACUUUAUCAGUUGUGGCAGGGCAAAACAAAGUAAUAGUUUUCAAGAAGCCAUUGUGACGUUCAAUUUUUCCAGCGGCUGGUGCGUGGUAAGGGAUAUGAUAUAUCCACUCUACUCCAUGCUCUUUGGCCCAAUUGCUUAUAAGGUGGUUCUUGAAGUGGGUCCCAUUGUCCGAUUCGAUCCUCUCCGGGGUACCGUGUCGCCACAGGACUUGUCUCUCCAGGCCCAGGAUGGUGUUACGGGCAGUGGCAUGAGGCACAGG